UCUCAACUUCUCAUCAAAAACCAACUUCUUCUUCUUCUUCUUCUUCUUCUUCUUCUUAUUCUCUUGCAAGCAAUCACAAAUACAAACCCUCGAUAUUCCAAAUGGGGAAGAAAAGUGGUGAUGUGGGGCAAAGAGCAUGGGACGUGGUACGUUUGGCAUUGUUGUGGGCAAGAAAAGGUGGCGUGCUACGCCUUGUGCCCAAGUAUUUUAAGAAUUUAGGCCACGCAGAUACAUCGAGAGGCCAGAUUUUCUAUCAAGAGCGCGAGCUCUCUUUUGACAAGACACCCAUUUUCCAUCUCAAAACGCACCGUUCUGCGUCAAUGCGGUUUCUCAUGUCUUGCAUAUCUCCACAAGUUGAUUUUGAGAGUUAUGAUUUCAACGGUGAUGAUGGAGGCUACGAGUAUAAUGAAUAUGAUUAUAAUGAGUAUGAGACAUGUGGAGAUAUAAUUAAGAAUGAAGAAGAAGAAGAAGAAGAAGAAGGGAUUGAUGUGAGGGCAGAGAAGUUUAUUGCUCAGUUUUACGAGCAAAUGAGGACGCAGAGAUAGAUUUUGUCUCCAAGGAGUACUACAAGAACAAGUUGAUUAUGGAGUUUUUGAUUGAUGAUUUUGUAUAGAUCGAGGCAUUGCGGCUUUUUUUUUUUUUUUUUUUAAUAAAUACCAGAAGCUCUCUAUGAGUUUGACUAGUAUCUGCAAAUUCUUAUAAAUACAAAAUGAUCUAGGUUUAGUGUCACCCCAUAGCUAGCAUGAUUUCACAUAGAUAGAUGUUCAAGUAGUGAGAAAUGGUAAGGUUGGAUGAAAACAUAGAGGAGAGAGAGGUGAGAUGUUGACAAAGGACCAACCAACACUAGCGAUAUAAAUUAUUUCAGCUUUAGAAGCGGAAAAGUCUCAUGGUAGGUGAACCAUCAAACUUUGACGAUUGAUCAGAAGAGAUAGCGAGCAUCUGCGAAACCAAGUAUGAAAGAUGUGUUGAAUCAGAUUGUAGAUAGACAGAGAGUGUCCACAACGGUAUAACUAGUUUCUUUUUUUUCUUUUCUAUUCACCCCCAAUUGAUUGGACUCUUAACUAUUCCACAAGAACGUUGAGAAUUGAGAGAGUAAAGCAAAGUGAGGUUUACGCAAAACAC